GUGACAACGUUUAUCAUCAGACCUGAGACAGGCUCCAGUGUAUGUGACUUUGUGAAAUUUGUCUGCUGGAUCUUGGCGGUGUUUGUAAAUCAAUCAAAGCUGCCCAGGCAACAGUCAUUGUUUUGUGACUCAAAACCCCUCGACGCUCACUUGUCAAUCAAUCAUUGACCGACAAUCUUUCCUCUCAACUAUCACUCUCACUCCCACAAACACAAACACUCACACUUGGACAAUUCAUCGUCGCAUAGAUAACAAACUUCCCAACAUGGAUCCACCCGCCUAUGACCUUCAUACAUUCCAUCGUCCUGGACUUCCAUCACUCCUGCGCGACACCAUCACCGACGAAGACAUUGCCGCCGUCUACAAAUACUUCACCGUCCCCGAGGACGUUUUUGCAGAGUCUUGUCCAACCUGUGACGAGAUAGCUGCAGACGCUGGUCUCGUCGUCGGCGACGGCGACGAAUACCCCGCUGGAUGGAAACUUAUAGCAUGUCGACGCCACGCACAGGUGCUCAAGGACCAGAAUGACGAUGCUAGAUAUGCUGAACCACAAGCUGAACCACAAGCUGAUUCCGUUCCCGAGAAAACUCCCACCACCACUACCUCUACCUCGACUGACGAAAUCUGUCCCAUCUGCGUAGACGCAAAAGCAAAGCUCACAAUCGACUGCGGUCACAGUUUCUGCGCCCACUGCAUAACAGAAUGGCAACAAAACUACACAGACGAGAAACUCGCCGACUGGCUAGACGACUGUCCUGAAGUGUUGGAAGAAUACCGUAUCCUCAAAGCUCAUCUAAAAUCGCGGUAUACAUGCCCAAUGUGCAGAACUUAUCUCCAACAUACAAAGUUAUCGCGUAGGGAAAAGAGGGCUUGGAAUGACGUGGUAAAGGGAUUACCGCCUUUGGUGUCGGCUAGGAGUCGACGUGGCGGACAGAAUCGUAGGAGGGCGAGAGCUGGUGAGGGACUUCGGAGUGAGGCGCCGUCUGGUAUGCCGUUGAUACGACGAUCUCGUGUCAUGGGUCCAACACGUCUGAGGGUGUGAUGAGCCAUGUGCCUUUUCCCGCUUAUAUCACACCCCAGAAUCGCCCCUCUGCAUCGCCCUUUGCGGAAACAAAUUAUCGAGAAAACUGUCGAUUACAACACUCCGUCAGUCGUGUUACACGACCUUUCGCUCUCGGACGCGAU